AGAGGCUACUGUAGAAAGAUGACUGAGAGUGCCGUCAGUGACGUCUAUAGUGACACGGUCGACACUCCAAAUAUGGAGUCGUUGUUAACGUCCCUUGUCAACGCUGUGCUUUCCAAGUUACCGGACGCAAACGAUGUCCAAAAGAGGGAGCUGUUUAAUAUUUUCAGUGAUCUCACGAACAGUGCAAUGAGAGAUCUCAAAUACAGGUUCAAGACAUAUGCAGAGAGAUGUUCAGACUUCUUUCAACAAGGUGCCUUCAAGAAAAAUGCAGAUACCUUCAAGACAAGUGUUCUCUGCGUAGAACGCCUCAUGAUGCAUCACUUCAGAGAAAGAUCCAAAUCCUUUGUAGUUGACUCGUCAUACACAAAUUCAGGAGCAGGUAAUUCCAAGAAGAGAAAGUUGUCCCAUAAUGCACAUCAGGUUGCUUUGGAAGAAUGUCAAACUGCUUUCGUCAAAGAAUUGAACAUUGAACACACAACCCUGAUCGACGAACUUAUCGGUUUUGAUCUAAUGACAGAAGACGACAGACAAAGCAUUUUAUCGAAACGUACGCCAAAAGCAAGAAGCAACGAUUUCUUCCGACUAAUGCAUGGAAAAUUGACAUUAGAGCAGACCAAAAACAUAUUCAUUCCUGCCAUAGGAAAGCAUCACCCUUGGCUCGCAAAACAAAUCACACAGACUAUGCAAGAGAAAGAACAUGUAGGACAGAUAGACACAUGUGUUUGCUGCCGAAUGAGGGACAUUGUUGAAGUUAAGAGGAUUGCUGACUAUCUUCUCGAAAAGGGGCUGGUCUCCCUGGCCCAGCAUGCAGACUUGACAAACCCUGCAUUAGCAAAUAAUGAAAGAUGGACGGAAGUCCUAAAAUGCAAAAAGCCUGAUAUGCAAUCAGUGGUGAUAUCAUCGCUUGAGUCAACCUAUCCGGACCUCUUCAAUGACUUCCAGUUCUUCAGCAAGAAUGACUUUCAGUGCUUCUGUGAAGACUUGGCCAUGCAAGAAAGCACCAAGGACAGUUCAAAUUAUGUUGAAAGCACGGGCGUUGAUGUGGCACACAUGUCUGAUAUUAUGUCUGUAUCGACUCCAGUACCAAAGAGACCAGCAACUUACAUGAUGAAAGCUGGAAAUCAGAACCUCUGUAUCAUAAUAUGCAACAACAACUACAGACACCUUACAGGAAUUGCCAAUGCUGAACUGACCAAGAUGCACGACACAGAUGUUGCAAAUAUUAAAGAAGGUUUUGGAAAGUACAAUUUUCAAUGUGAAACUUACAGAAACGUAACAGCCUCUCAGGUUGUUUCUCUCUUCCAAAAGUUGUCAUCCCGAGAUAAGCUGAAACAUGUUAACAAUAUCGCAUUCUUUAUACUCUCCUUGUGUCAGUCGGAACGCCUAGUCGGAGUUGAUGGUGCGAGUAUUCCUUUAGAACAUGUCAUGGCAUAUUUUACGGCAACUCGCUGUCCCAAUAUGGCUGGGAAGCCUAAACUCUUCUUCUUCCAGACUUCCAGAGGCACGGAUCUUGGCAAGUGCAUGGCUGUUCGUCACGAUGUUGAUAACCCCCUCAGCCCUUGGUCUCUCAUCCCAGACAAUGCUGACUUCUUUGUUGGCUAUCCAGCCUUCUCUGGACUCACCUCCUAUGGGAUACCAGGUAAAGGAUCCUUGUACAUUAGCAGUCUGAUGAAGGUUCUGGACAAGCAUGGCAACAAACAGGACUUUCUAACCUGUAUGCAGAUGUUGAAUGACGAGAUGUCACAAAAAUGCUUAGAGUUCGAUGGCACGAUGACACAGCAAAUUGCUUGCCCAAUGUUUUCACUCAGGAAACGAAUUUACCUAUUUGGAGAUGAUACGCUGUCGGUGACAUCAUAUGAGGACUCCACUGCUCCAAGCUAGAUGGCAGCCACCGCCGUGGUUACCCGAUGCCUUCCACAAUCAGGUUACCUUUCAUGAGGGAGUUUUUUAGAUGUCUUUGUGAUAUAUCGUUGGUGUACAUAUGGCAACAGGCAAAAUGGCUGUGAUACCUGUUGACUAUUCAUACAUGCAUGUAUUCAUGUGUCAAAUUGCCAGAAGAAACGAAAGACCAUAUGCAUAUUCUUUUAACAAAAUGGCAGAUCUUCUGACAUGAGAUAGGAUGGCACCUUGCUUUUAAAAGUAAGUGAAAGAUGAUAGUUACUUCAACAAAUCAACCCUUAUGUUAACUGGAGAGGCAACAGGUCUAUAGCACAUUGCUAUUAUUUCAGAGUAGGAGACACUAUAAAAGCGUUGUUUUCCUAUGGACAAAGUAACAUUUUGAUAUAUAUUUAUUUCUUAAUUUUUCGUAUGGUGGACAUGCAGAAGAAACUAUUACUCAUCCUUUACUACAUUUAUGUAACAUAACUGACAAAUAUUGUUAUCUGCAAAUGCUUGUAUAUUGUCCAGUUUCAAAAGUUUAAGCGAAGAACUUCAAAACCUGGUACGACUAUUCUAUUUUUCUUUUCAUCAAACAGAGAUAAAUAAUGUUCAGGUUUUAUAUGCGUUGUCCAUAACUAUAAGAAAUGCAUUUGUUUGAAUCCGCUUUUGUAAAUAUCAUUAAUUCAGGCUUUGUGUUAGGGACAUGAAGCGAGGAUGGCGGAAAAGUUCCCAUCAAAACUAAUGGACUGCGCUGAUUGAUGUGGUUGCUAAUUAUUUUAUUUUUCGACACACGUAUAAUUAACUCCGAGGUGGAACAGACUUUGUCUUCUGCUUCGGGGAAAGGUGAGAUGUUCCCACUUUGACUGUUUAGUCUCUGGCUGAGAGCAGUUAACCCAGGACUCACCCAUGGUUACAAAUCGUUCAACGAAAACAGCUGGGUCUGGAAUGAUGAACAUCGGGAGCGUUUCCGAUCAGCAGUCGGAAGCCGGGAACUAAUCGUGCUGAAACCUUUGUUCAUUCCUAAAAAUAUUCCCAAGGCACUCAGUCAUCAAUUUCGCGUUCGCUCGUCACGCCGGAGACCCGGAUUCGAUUCCGACAUGGGUACAAUGUGUGAUGCCACUGUGAUAUUGCUGGAAUAUUGCAUAAAGCGGCGAAAAGCCAUACUCAUUCACUCACUCACUCACUCAUUUCAGAAUUAUUUCUUUUUAUUGAAUUAUAAAGCACAGUUACCAUUUCUCGUUUGUAUACUUUAACCUUGUGUCAUGUGUACUUAAGCAGUGCGGCAUUUGUUCUGUGUUUCUCCACUAACGAGAUCCUAGUUACUCAAUAUUCUCGCUUGCCUUCUGUGUGAGACAAUAAACCUACUUUGAGUCAACAGUCUGGUCAUGUGAUUUUGACAUGUACAUUCUAGAAGCAGUUCUUUUUAAACCACGAGCUAAAAUGUUGCAUGUUGAACAUCCGUGGUACUGUGAAUGGUUUUACUACCAUACUAUACUUGGAGUGAGUGGGUGA